GCUGCGGUGCCCGCCCACGCCCCAGGGGCCGGGGCCGCCGCCGGGGCGGGGUCAGCCUGGCCGCCGGGGCCGCCGCGCCGCGUGUCCCGCCCCGCAGCCCCUCGGCCACAGCCCCUCGGCCACGGCGCGGGGUUCGCCGCCAUGACGGGCAGUAAUAUGUCUGAUGCUCUGGCGAACGCCGUGUGCGAGCGCUGCCAGGCGCGGUUCGACCCUGCCGAGAGGAUUGUGAACAGCAAUGGGGAGCUCUACCACGAGAGCUGCUUUGUCUGUGCUCAGUGCUUCCGGCAGUUCCCAGAGGGACUCUUCUAUGAGUUUGAAGGUAGGAAGUACUGUGAGCAUGACUUCCAGAUGCUGUUUGCUCCUUGCUGCGGGGAAUGUGGUGAGUUCAUUACUGGGCGUGUUAUCAAGGCAAUGAACAACAACUGGCACCCAGAAUGCUUCCGCUGUGAGCUCUGCGACGUAACCCUUGCUGACCUGGGUUUUGUGAAGAAUGCUGGCAGGCACCUGUGCAGGCCAUGCCACAACCGUGAAAAAGCCAAGGGACUGGGCAAGUACAUCUGUCAGAAGUGCCACUUGAUAAUUGAUGAGCAGCCUCUGAUGUUUAAGAAUGAUUCCUACCAUCCAGAUCACUUCAACUGCACCCACUGUGGGAAGGAGCUGACGGCCGAGGCGCGGGAGCUGAAGGGGGAGCUGUACUGCCUGCCCUGCCACGACAAGAUGGGCAUCCCCAUCUGCGGGGCCUGCCGCAGGCCCAUCGAGGGCCGCGUGGUCAACGCUCUGGGGAAGCAGUGGCACGUCGAGCAUUUUGUUUGUGCCAAGUGUGAGAAGCCAUUCUUGGGGCACCGACAUUAUGAAAAAAAAGGGCUGGCCUAUUGUGAGACUCAUUAUAAUCAGCUCUUUGGAGAUGUCUGCUACAACUGCAGCCACGUGAUAGAGGGAGAUGUGGUAUCAGCUCUUAACAAGGCCUGGUGUGUGAAUUGCUUCUCCUGCUCCACCUGCAAUGUCAAGCUCACACUGAAGAAUAAAUUUGUGGAGUUUGACAUGAAGCCUGUGUGCAAGAAGUGCUAUGAGAAAUUCCCUCUGGAGCUGAAGAAACGUCUGAAGAAGUUGUCAGAGCUGGCAUCCAAGAAGAUCCAUCCUAAAGCUUUAGAUUUAAACUCUGCUUAAAGCAAACAGGUCUGUCAGUCUCCUGACUGCACUCUUAACACAAGCUGCUGCUCACUGCAGCUGUUGAUUACAGAAGCAAUUACUAAGAAGUGGAACCAAAGAUAAGCAGUACCUUCCCCUGCUUCUGGUGCUGUCUCUUGCAUCUAGACUGUCCCUUUUCCCAAGCAACUGUCUAUUAACACUGGCAGGAAGAGGAGUAUGAGUUGUGCUUGAGCAGUGCACAGGCUGAUUAUUAAUUUGCUACUAACAUUGCAUUUUGCCUUUGUGGAGCUGUACACAAUCUUUCCUUCCUCAAUUGAGCUGUACUACUCUUUCCACUCGUCUAGUCUAAGGAAUUAGGAAAAAGUGGUUAAAUAUAGGGCUGGAAGAAAUGUAAGAUUUGCUCUUUCUCAAUCAGAGUAUCAGAAUUUUUCUUACUCUGGCUGAAGCAAUUUUUAGGUUUUUAAUAUCUAGGCAAAUAGUCUGAAAGUUGUCAUUCUUUACUACAUGCAAAAAGUUCUGGUCUUUCUCCAGAUUGCUACAGACAAUAUAUGGGUGCCCUAUCCCAAAUCCCAAUCCUUCUUGUUUGUAGAUUUACUGGGCAAGCCCAGGAUCCAGUAGCUAUGGCAUCUGUACUGCCCAGUCAGGCCCAGUGUUAAGGCAGCUAAGAAGUUUCCUUUGCUGCUUCUGUGUUCAGUACUAAGGAGAUUUCAGCUGUCAAGGCCAUGUGAACCUCUUCAGAAUGGUUGGGCUCUCCUUAAGGAGAAGGUGGCUAUGGGAAACUAAACAUUUUAUUAGAAAUGACACUAAUUUUCUCUGUUCUCUACUAUUACAUGGCUGGUCAACACAAAGCAUGUCUUGUCCAUUGGCAUAGCUGGUAUUUAUUGAGGCUGUGUGGUUGGAGCAUUGAUUACUCUUCUGCCUAAGGCAAUUGGAUAAAUAAUAUAGUACCAAUUUAAGCACUUCAGUUUUUCCCAUUUUCACUUUAUUUGCCAGCCAAGGAUAUGCUUCUUGGUCAUGCUCCAGAAAGCUCAAUUACAUGAAGGUGUUUCUAAUGUUUACAGUUUGUAGCAAAUGUGUUAUGCAGAAAAAAACCCCAUUUUUCUUAAAUUUUUUUUCCCGAAUAAGAGUCCCAUUCAUCUUUCUUUUGGAGACUUGAGUUUACUUAAGGAGAGGAUCUCAGACAUGAUGCUAAUAUCUCAAGCGUAUAGUCCUCCUCUGUAAUUUUGUCUGUCACCAGUGAGGUUUCACUGGUCCUACUAUCUCUGCUAUCACAACCCAAGGUGCUGAGAAAUUUACUGGUUUUGGAUAUUCUCAAUACUUCUUUAGAGGUGAGCCAUCAGCUGUACUGUUCCUGAACCCACCUGCAUGAUGUAUGACCAGUGAGCUGCUGAGUCCCCCAGAGGUGACCCCCAUACUUCCUUGUGCUGAAGCUGAGCAACCUGAACAUCCCGUUCCAUGAACAGUUGUGAGACUGUGCCUGCCCCUUUGCAAGGCUGACAAGCACUGGAAGACUACUGUCCUUUGCAUGAUUUAAAUCUUCCAAAAGUGGCUGGUUUAGUCAGAUGAACACAGCAGUUGUGCCUAGACAACACCCUGCAGCCACAGUUGAAUUAGGUAGCAAGAAGUUAUAGCUUCCCCAUUUCUUGUAUGUGUGAGCAGCAUUUGGACUGGGGCAAUAGUCUGCCUUAGAAUUGUGUUACCAUGCUUGCUGGAUCAACACCCAUGGAACUGCACCAGUGAUGCCAAAGCAGUGGUAGGAAAUCCUGGAUAAGUGAUCAGAAUCCCAUGUGUGAGACCAUCUCUUAGAGCUUCGCUGCCUUUGCUAACUCAGUUUCCAUCAGCUGCUGUGCUUUUUUGUUGCCGUAAGUUACCAUAAUCUUUUAACUGGGUUAUGCUGCAUCCACUGUAACAAUGUUGAGAGGUUGGCCUAAUUUUAGCAGUAAACUCUUUCAUCUUCUCCUGACCAAUUUGCACAGUAGAUUCCAGUAACAGUAGCUGCUUGUGUCAUUGCAUUAGGAGAACAUGUGUAUUCACUGUUCCUCACCAGCCUUAAAAUGGUCUUUGAGUUAAGGGCGCAAAGAACAGCAUGUCUUUUGGUGAAGUAGGGUGGCCCUGCAAAGACCCCCAUUUACAAUCAAACCUGUUGUUUGGCAUUUUGUCACAGCAUAAGAUACUUGAAUUCUGACCUAGGUGCAGCUCAGUAUGUUAUGCAGAUUCUUCUCAGCAUAAAACAUUCCAGUCUGUUCCUGUAAUCUCAGUCACAGGCCCUGUCUAAUGCUGAAUCUGAGCAGCUGUGUAUGCCCAGCCUCCUGGGAAGUGGUGGAGGAACACACAGCCACACAUUCCUGGUAAAUAUGGGAGGACUAUGUAACUAGCAGCCAAUAGGUAAUAUUCUUUCAGCAGCCACUCACAUUCAGCAAUGGAAAAUGCAUGUAUGUGAAUGGCAUUACUGCUGUGCUGCCAGUGAAGAUUUAAUGUGUGCUUUCACCUUGUCUUGUGUUAGAGACUUGGCAGACCUAGAAAGCUUCAGAGUUCUAAGGAGAGUUGAUACCAUUCUCUUUGAUAAGCUGUUCAGUUCUCUAGGAUCUGGAAUAUGUCCUUAUCUUCAGGAUGUUUUGCAAAAUUAAUUG